UGCUCUUGUUGCCAUGGACACCCGGAGACUCCCGAACACUUCCGGAGGUGUCUCCGAUCCGGACGGUUCGGUUCGGUUCGGUUCUGCCGGUGGAGUUCGGAGGUUCCAGCGGCCUCCUCCAUCAUGCCGAGCCGCCAGAAGCAGCUCCUCUUCUCGGUGUCCGGCCUCCUCGGCUUCUCCUGCGCCCUGACCGCCGCCGUGGCCACCGGGCUGCCGCUGUGGCUCCGCGGGGCCGCGCUGUGCCGCACCGGCGCCGAGCUGGUGAACGCCUCGGAGCCGGAGCUGGAGAAGUUCCUGGGCGAGCUGAGCUACGGGCUGUUCUCCGGCCAGAGGGUGAAGCAGUGCGGCCUGGGAGGCAGAGCGUCCCGGUUCUCCUUCUUCCCAGACCUGCUGAACACCAUCCCAGCAGGCCUCCACGUCACCGUCAUCUUCUUCUGUGGUGUCGUGAUCCUCUUCUCCUCCGUGGCGACCGGCUUCUUCUUCUUCAAUGCCUUCGGUCGACCCUACGAGACGCUGCAGGGCCCCCUGGGACUUUACCUGUGGACCUUCAUCUGCUGUCUGAGCAGCUGCCUGGUGAUGAUCCUUUUUGCGUCGGAGGUGAAGCUUCAUCAUCUGUCCGAGCGAAUCGCCAACUUCAACGAGGUGAACUUUGUGUUCCAGACGUACAGCGAGCAAUACGACCGAUCCUUCUGGCUCUUCUUCCUCGUCUUCAUCCUGCAUGGACUCAACGGUGUUCUGAUCCGACUGUCGGGAAUCCAGUUUCCCUUCCAGGAGAGCAAAGAGGUGGAUCUGGGCGGCGGCGCUGCAGACCUCAUGUACUGAAGAAAAUCAGCCAUCAGCUGCAGGAAACUCAACCCGAGACACAAACUAUGAUUUCUCCCGUCCUGUCUGAGACUUGAGGACAUUAUUUUCUACAUUUGUUAAACUUUUAGUGUAGAAAAAGCCAGAAAACUGUGAAAAAUGUUUGACUUUGUGCCACCAACAAACAAGGAAAACCAGCAAAUAUUCACAUUCAAACUGUUAUUUAACUUAUCACUGAUUUUCCAGCUUCAUCAUUAUUAGUAUAUUUUGGUUAUUAGUGAGUCACUUUGAGCUGUUUGUCAUUAAUCUGACACGUACUAAAAACAUGUAGCAUAUUAGCUUUAACAGAUAGAAUUAGGUCUACUGCAUUUGUAUUGCGUACUUAGUUUUAUAGAUUUUUACUGUAAAUGUGCAGUGGAGCACUUUUCUAUAUAAAUGUAUAUAAACACCCAUUAAAGUCAGUAUCAGAGUUUUAAAUAUGGUUUCUUACAUUUCAUGUUGAUGCAUCAAUCGGUUGAUUUGGAGAUGCUACAGCGGUCAGUAUUGUGGAAAAUAUGGAAGAAAAACCAAGAAAACAUCCAAGAAAAGUUUCUGAAAACCCACAACUCAUUAAAAUCACACUUAACUUUGGUACAACUGUGA